AUGCAACCGUACUCGCGUGUGGAAACUUUACAAAAAAAGGCAAUUGAUGGUAUGUGGUAUAAAUAUGAACAUCUUCGAUUAGUAAGUAUCAAGUGCUACGAUGAGUUCUCUCUACAUCGUCCUCGCCCUCCUCGUUUCAUUCGUUGGAAGAACCACCUAGUUUCACUGAAUGAACUUGAAGACGAAAGACGGAAGAGAAUAUCACCCAGAAAUAACUGUUCGAAGGAAAUACAUUUGUUCUGGUUCUUACCGAAACGAUUUUUCAGAUCGAGUGCAAGCUUUGAGCAUGAAUACGCAUUUGAAGCAAUCCCUGUAGCUGCUCCUGCCCCAGUCGUUGCUGCUCCAGCUGUAGCUGCUGCACCUGUACUGCCUUACGAAGUGCAUGACCACUUCCAUCCUUCGACUGAAGUUCACAAUCACGUCAGCUCCUUCCAAAGAGAAAGCGGUCAUUUUUCCGACACUGGUAUGGUUGCCCCAUUCAAAGGUCGAAGACGUGCUGCAAAGAAAGUCGCUCGCGUACACAAGAAAGCUCACAAAAGGAAUUAA